AAUUGUAACAGUAUCAUACAAUUCAAAAAUAACUGAUCACCACAUCUAAAAUGGCAUUCAAGUUUGUUUUAUUCGCUGCUCUUGUAGCCGCUGUACGAGCUGGAGGACUUAUUGCACCAGCUGCUCCAUUGGCUUAUGCAGCUGCACCAGUAGCCGCUGUUACCAAAACCGUUGUUGAUGCUGAAUACGAUCCAAACCCACAAUACUCAUACUCAUACGGUAUCUCAGACGCUUUAACUGGUGACCACAAAAGCCAAACUGAAAGCCGAAGUGGUGAUGUUGUACAAGGACAAUACUCUUUAGUCGAACCAGACGGUUCCCAACGUACCGUAGACUACACAGCUGACCCAAUCAACGGAUUCAACGCAGUUGUAAGCAAAUCUUCUCCAGCUGUAGCUGUCAAAGCCGCCGUAGCUGCUCCAGUUGCUGCUUAUGCUGCUGCCCCAGCCAUCGCUAAAGUACAUGCUCCAACUCUUGCAUACAGUGCCGCCCCAGCUCUCUCAUACGCCGCUGCCCCAGCCAUCGCUAAAGUACAUGCUCCAGCUGUUGCCUACAGUGCUGCUCCAGCUCUCUCAUACGCCGCAGCUCCAGCUUACGCUAGAUUAGCUGCUCCAGCAUACGCUGCUGCUCCAGCUCUCUCAUACGCCGCUGCUGCUCCAGCCCUCCGAUAUGCCGCUGCUCCAGCUUACGCCAGAUUAGCCGCUCCAGCUCUCUCAUACGCCGCUGCUCCAGCUCUCUCUUAUGCUGCUGCCCCAGCUUACUAUCAUCACUAAGUUAUUAAAUAUUUAUUGCCUAUGUAUAUAAAAA